CAUCACUGCUGGAGUACGGUUGCAGAUCAACAUCACUGUUGCAGCACUGUUGCCUCGGUUUAGCAGGGCAGGGCGACACUUUUGAACCCAUUGUCAAAAGGCUACACUUUCCAACGAGCAGGUGUCUGUCUACAAGUCGGCUAUACAUCUUCCACAUCAAGAUGUUGGCGUGCACAAAGAUGAUCACUAUGUGCCUUCAGUCGGCGAAAAAUAAGCAUCUUCGCUCUCAGCAGGAUCAACCGCAGCCACUGCAAAGCCCUGUUAAUGGACUUCCAAUUUUCAAAGAUAUUUUCUGCCGCGCUGACAAAAACGAUGAUGGAAAACUGUCGUUUGAUGAGUUCAAUGCUUAUUUCGCAGACGGGAUUCUCACCACUGAGGAGUUGCAGGAGCUCUUCUACUCCUUAGAUGGGCAGCAGAAUAACAACCUAGAUACCGACAAACUAUCAGAUGACUUUGCUCAACACUUGGGGGGAUAUGUGAAUGUCCUCUCUGCUCUGGAGAUCCUAAAUGUUGCCAUCUUGGAGGCUAUGAACAAAACUAAAAAGGAGUACCAGGACUCCUCUGUGCUGGGACAGUUUGUGACCCGCUUCAUGCUGAGGGAGACCUCCAGCCAGCUGCUCUCUCUCCAAAUGUCCCUGCAGUGUGCCAUGGAGGCCGUGGAAGAGCAGAGCAGGCCCGCACCGAGAGCGGUGGAGGUGGCGGAGCAUCCCUCAGCGCAGAGAAACAGCAGACGAUGUGGCCGCAAGUUUCAGAAGAACAUGUGCCUCUCCCCUAUCCACCCCUACUCAGGCAUCCUCACUACAGGAGUGACCAUGGAGAUUGAUGACCACUGGUGCUCCCAGAUCAACAGGCUCCAGCAGCUAUUGGACAAGCUGGAGUGGCAGGGUCCAAAGUUGGAACCUCUGAAAGAAGAUACGCUGGCCAGUACAUACAAAUCUAACAUCCUGCUGGUGCAGACGCAGAUGACGGCAACGGAGGACCUCGAGGAGUUCCAGAAGCUGCUCAAGAGCUAUGUGGACGCCACGUCCAACCACAGCGACAACUUGCAUGUGUCUAUCCAGAAGCUUGCGGGAAAGUCGUGCUACAUAAUGUAUGAGUUUUGGCAGGAUCGUAUCUCCUGGAUGAGCUACCUGCAGUCCAAUGCCAGUAAGAAAUUCCAGCGCUGUGUCAUUGAUACAUUGGAGGAUUCCGAGCUUGUGUCUACCAUGCUGCUCCCAGCAUCCUGGUGGAUUAUGACUGACUAACUAGCAGCAGACCAUGUAUCCCGUCCCCACAUACACACAACACAACCUCAAGACAAGAAAUUCAACAUUUCAUCCAAGUGUUUCGGUUCAAAGCUACCGGACACGGAACACUGCAUUAAAACAGCAUCUUGCGGCAUCUUUCUUAUGUACCAGUCAAAAGUUUGCACACACCUACUCAUUCAAGGGUUUUUCUUUGUUUUGACUAUUAUCU